ACUUGUGAAAAAAAUGUUUUACUGUUAACUGUUAAGUAAAUCUCGAAGUUAUGUUUAUAAAGCGAUUCCUGGGGAUCAUAGUUCAUAUUCAGUCGGGAGGUGAUACUGAUAAAAGUUCGACAUUCGAGUAGAGAUGUGUCUCAGCUGAUAGAUGGCAAUUAUUCCGCAAACAAUUUGGCUGUGUAAAUUCGCAUCGUGCCUGACGUUAUACUCAAAAUAUCUACACUUGAUGAAUUAUGAAUAAAAAUAUACCUAUAAAAAAUUAUGGAGAAAUUAAACAUUCUAACUCUGGUGUGUUCCUUGCUACUUAUUGAGGUUUUUACUGAAAACCCAGAUGAUUACAUCUUCUGUGCCAAUUCCAAAGGAUCUAUUGCACAUAUAGCUGAAGAUGGUGGUCCAGAAAAUAUACCGAUGGAAGUUUUCCAGAAAUGUAAAAGUAAAUAUUGCUACACGCUUUGGCAGGAACUUACCAAUGGAAGCUGGCAUGUUAUGGCACAGGGAUGUUGGGAGCAGUCCGGAAACCCCAACGAAUGUGAUAGAUCAGAGUGUUUGGCAGAUAAAAAACCCCCAAAAGCCAUGAACAAUACCAAAUUUUGUUGCUGUUCCAAAAAUAAGUGCAAUGAGAAUUUCACUGAUGCCUACAUACCUAUGGAUGAUCUGUCGUCUCCUGAAGCUGAUCCACCUUCCACUGAAAGUCCCAAUCUUAUUAUCUAUAUAGCAAUUGCAGCGAUAUUUGGUAUACUCGUCAUUGGAAUGGCCUCUGUGACCUACUGGUGUUGGAGAUUGAAGCCUAAGAAAAGUGAUGUCGAGACAGGGCAACAUCCAAUACCGUCCCCUGCAGAGUACAGCCUGGAGAAACUUAAACUUCUUAAUGUUAUAGGUCAGGGAAGAUAUGGUUGUGUUUGGCGGGGCAUGGUGGAAGAGCAAGAAGUCGCUGUUAAGGUGUUUCCCGCCCACCACCGCAACUACUUCCUCAACGAACAUGAAAUGUACAAACUCUCACGUGAAAACUCUGCCUUACUGAAAUGCUAUGGGGGCGGGGAAUACUCCAUAGGGCCAAGCGCCCCCGCAGACUAUCUGCUUCUUCUCAGUCUGGAAAAAGAAUGCUUGCAGGACCAUCUGAAGAACCACACUUUGGAUCUUUCCACUUUAAGCAAAAUGAGCUUGGGCAUUGCCAAAGGAUUGGCACACUUGCAUUCAGAUCUUCGCAAGCCUUGCAUAGCACACAGAGAUAUUAACACAAGGAAUAUUUUAGUCAGGCCGGAUUUAUCCUGCUGUAUCUGUGACUUGGGAUUGGCCGUCAUUCCUAAGAGAGCUGAAAAUAAGUCCAUAAGUGAAGCUGGUACUUUGCGGUACAUGGCUCCGGAAGUCCUUGAAGGUGCUGUAAAUCUUAGAGAUUGUGAGAGUGCCCUGAAACAAAUUGACGUAUACGCCUUAGGUUUAGUUUUGUGGGAGUUAGGCUCUAGAUGUGCAGAUAUGCAGAAUGCCGAACCCCAUUCUUAUUUACCUCCCUUCUCCAAAGAGGCUGGGGAGAGUCCCACAUUGGAACAGAUGCAGAUGCUCGUCAGUAGGAGAAAAGUCAGACCUCUGUGGCCUGCAUCAUGGAAGGAUACUUCGGCAGCAAGGUUGCUGUGUGAAACUGCAGAGGACUGCUGGGACCAAGAUGCAGAAGCACGUCUGACAUCCCUUUGUGUAGUCGAGCGCCUUGUUGAACUGCCAACGCUAAAGGGUCGUGUAUUGCAUCCAAUGCAUCCGCCAGCUAGCCCUUCUCCGUUGAUAAACAACAACCACCUUCACGAUCAUCAAAUAGAUGCUUCUGUAGGUACGAUAGAAACACUUUUAUCUCCAUCAGAGGAGAAUUGUAAAAAUUCCAACCAAUUGGCAGUCUGCGUAACACCUCUCCAGCCAUACCAAGGAAGGAAUCCCUGUUUAGAGAGAAAUCUCUUAUCGGGUUCCAGUGAUAGUCUAUUAAUCGAUAAAUCUUCAAAACACUGCACUAGUUCCGAAUCACAGAAUCUGAUAACAAACGAUUUCCUAAAUUUCCAAAUAAAUCACCGUGCCACACCCAUCCCUUACCUCCAAAACGCCGUUCAUGGCUUCCCGAAGCAGCAGAACACAAGUCACGAAGUGCAAACCCAGAACAAAGCCAAGUUCAAAUGGAAUGGCUUGAAGAAGCUUUUUAACUCCAAACGGCAUGGUAGCAAUAACAGCGUGUGCAAAGAGACUCAGGUGAAGCUCAACAGCAAACUUGUAAACGGUUUCGGUCAGAAUGAUGUCACCACAUCCCUUUUAGGUGAAACUGAAACUCAGCGGCCUUCAACGUUGCCCCUACAAGUCAAGCCAACCGAUACUUCGAACAGUUGCGGCGUCUCGCAGAUAAUAAGACGUAAGAAUAGUUUGUCUCGCCAGCGCUCCUUGGAACAGUUCAGUGAAGUUUUUUCUUCGACCAGUGACUUAUCAAGACUGAAAGAUCCUUCUUUGAGAGUUAAGACCCCUGGGGACGUUCCUCCAUCUGUCAGGAGAACUAGAGGAAAAGCAGCAACAGACUCUGCUCGUUUCUCUCUCUAUGAUGACAGAAUGAUGUGCCGUGGACAGUGGGGUAGCGCUCCCGACCUAGAACCUCCAGGACCCCUAAAACCCCCACAAUUAAACGAAUUACAAGACAGGGAUAGUAUAAGUAGUUUCUGAAUAUAUUAUUAAUGCCAUUAGGCAGCCGUUGAAUGUUUGCAAAGCUAAUGAUUAUAAACAUGGCUAUAAUUUUGGUGGACGUAGAGUACUACUAUGAGAAGGACUUGUGCUUUCACUUACUUUAUAUACAUUGAUUUUGUAACCAUACUGCACAAGCGAUGAAGUAAAAAAAAUAAAAACAAUUAUUGUAUAAAACAACCAUUUUGAAAUAUACU